CGUUCAUUGGACGAGCGCGCUGUCGACCACGGGCGGCCACUCGGACCACGCUGUCACGUGACAGAUGUUUUCGUUGUCUCGCUUCCGCUUUCGGUGUUUCUCUCUCCGUGUCAUGUGUUCGACGUCAGUUAGUCUGACAACAACCUCAGCGACUCUUCCACACAUCUCUCCCCGGGGUCCGAGGACUCUCCCCCCGCCGCCGCUGGACACGACUGGGAGCGAUGGCGGACGGGGAACGGUCGCCGCUGCUGUCCGAGCAGCACGACGGGACCAACGGCUUCUCUCCCGGCGGCGGCUCCUAUGGACAUCCGUCGAAACCUCAGAGUUUGCCGCCGUUCCCCAGCUUGGUGGCGCCGGCUGAUCCGCCGCCGCCCUACUCGCCGCAGGGCAGCCCGGACAGCGGCAGCGCCCCGGUCAUCAGCUGCCGGGUCUGCCAGAGCGCCAUAUCGGUGGAGGGCAAGACGCACCAGCACGUGGUGAAGUGCGCCAUCUGCAACGAGGCCACACCGAUCAAAAACGCUCCGGUCGGAAAGAAGUACGUCCGCUGUCCGUGCAACUGUCUGCUGAUCUGCAAAGUCACGUCGCAGAGGAUCGCCUGUCCCAGACCGUACUGUAAACGCGUCAUCAACCUGGGACCAGUCCACAUCGGCAGGGACAGUUCAGAACCGCAGCAUCAGCCCGUCGGCAUCAGGGUCAUCUGCGGACACUGCUCCAAUACUUUCCUGUGGACAGAGUUUUCCGACCGGACGUUGGCUCGAUGUCCUCACUGUCGAAAAGUCUCUUCUAUUGGUCGGCGGUACCCGAGGAGGAGGAGCCUGCUGUGUUUCCUGCUGUUCAUCGCCCUCGCUGCCUCCACGGCAGGACUGCUGGUCGGCACAUGGAGGCCGGCGCAGCGCUCCAAAGGGAUCUACGUGUCGUGGGCGCUGCUCAUCCUCCUCUCUCUGUUCACCAUGGUGAGAACCGUCUACUGGAGGUGUCUGAAAAUCAGCGAUCCAAUAUCCAACAUCACAUAGACGAGGAGAGAGUGAAGGAAGGGAGGAAGGAGGAGAUGAGAGGAGAGGAAAGGAGAGGAGGAGUUGGAGAGGGAAGCAGUAGUGAUAAAAACUGUUGUCGUGGCUGAAAAACAAAAACAACGAGGCCUUUUUGUUAAAAUCCUGGACAGACGGAGGGAACGACAGAAGGAAGAAGAAAAGAUUAUUCAACACAUUACAAAUACUUCACAUUCAUGCCUAACUAGAUUUAUCAUAUAUACGGAAUACGAGCUGCUAAUUCUUCAAAAAACAAAACAAAAACUUGAUCAGUAGCAACUAGAAACAGAGACUUUUAUUCACCGCAGACGAACGGAGUAAAAGAAAAAUGAGGGAGAGGACGGAUGGAAAGAAAUAUGUUUUUGCGUAAUUGCUUUUUGACCCAGUAGUUUUCUUCUUCUACGUCGGACUAAUAUUCCAAAGCCUGAUGCUGCUAUGUGUUUUUUUUUUUUAUUUGAAAGCUGUUUUUUUUCUUACAAAUGUCACUGGAUUUCAUUUUGCCCCCAAAUCCGAAAGAAAAUGAUCGAUAUGACAUGAAAACCAAAACGUAACAACAAUAACAUUCACAGAAUAUGUUGGAGGGAAGAAACAAGAUGACGAAAAAAUAUCUCAAUAACCAGUGGGGCAUUUUUCAUUAAAAGGUGAAUUUAAACUAAAUUUACUGACAAAUUAUUUUGAUAAAAUAAGGAUUAACUACUAUUAAUUUAGCUAUUUGCUAUUUUUAAAUAGCUGCGAGCAAAGAAAAGCAAAUCAAGGCUGGUAAAACGCAAUAUACAUUUUUAUAUAUAUAUAUAUGGUAUAAAGAGAAAUUUGUCAGUGAACACGGGGAAACUUGAGUCAAAGCAUUAACGGGGAAUAAGCGGCAUUCAGCGGUAUAUUAAUUUGUGUUCAAAUGAUUUUGUUUCAUCGGCUGUUAAUUGAAAAAUGAUUCAUGGGAAAGAAACAUAAUGUUGCAGGUUAAUAAAAUGUCAGAAUACAGUGAGAGUAGUGAAAAACAGUUCAUUUCACAUCUUUCAUGUUUCACAGAUAGUUAAGCAGGUUUAAUAGGAGCUUCAUUGAUUUACGUGAUAUUAUCAUAUGCGUAAUAUUUACACAAUAUCAGUAAUUCAUGCUUUGUAAUAUCGCGAUUAUCGGCAAUAACAAGAUUUUGGGACAGCCACACGUCAGAAGAAAGUUUUUCCCCCCUUAGUGACUGAUAUGAAUCAAACGCUGAUUUAUGAUUUAUGAACCAUUUAUUUAUUUAACCUCUUUCUUUCUUUUUUUAAUUCAGUCCCCGAGUGGAACUUAAAUUAUAUAAAAACCUCUCUGCGUCUUCUUCUUGUCUGUCAAAGUGUAAAAUAUUAAUCGGGUGGACGUUGAUUAUUUCCUGGGACUGUACAGAAUGAUCAGGGCUGUUGCUUCCCCCUUGUGGCUGGUUGAUGUAAGUGCCCCACUGACUGUGAAACAUGUUGCACUUGUACUGACGUACUACUACUGUGUUCUUGGAUCGUUGUUGUUGUUUGAUUCUUUUUUAUAUAUAUUGUGGAACAAAGAAAUACUUUAAACAAUG